AGGAGCUCGCUGCAUCCGGAUCAGCGGGAGCGAGCCUCGCACCGGGAACUGGAAGGAACAGCCGCCGCCGCCGUUGCUCGGACGAAGCGACGCCCGAUCCCUUCCCCUGCCUCCCUCCCCCCAUCCCCCAACCCAACCCCCUUCGCCGGACCGAGCAGGUGAUGGAACAAUGAAGGACCCAAAAGGGAAGACUCUUCAGGAGGAGGAAGAGGAGGAGGAGGAGGACUUUGGGCCCCAAGUCGAACUGCACUUCACCAUCUUGGAAGAAUCCGAAGGCGGCAUUUCUCAGGGGAAGCUCUGGCAUUGCGAGAUCGAUGCCGAGCUGCAGCCUGCCGACUCCUCCCAGCCGGAGCUGGACGAUGACUCCGUUUACUCUGACCGGUCGCGCUCCCCAUCCCCAGAACUCCAGGAGGUCCUCCCGCACCCUGACCGGGAAGCCGGAAAAAGGCGAGCGGAGGCCUACCCUCCGCAAGGUCCUGAGCAGCAGGUGGAGCUUCAUUUCACCAUCCUGGAGGAGUCGGAAGGGGGCAUCUCCGAGGGGAAGCUCUGCGCGAGCGAGGUCAGGCCGGACGAGCCCCUGCAGGCCAGCUACCCCGAGCGCCCGUGGGACGGACCCGUUCCCUUGAGCAGGAAGCUCAGCCCGCCGUUGGAGGCGGCGAAACCUUCGUUCCGACCAGCUGAAGGCCGGCUGGAAGGAGAAACCAAAGGCAAGGCCCCUGCGCAGGAGGCCUCCGACCAGCAGGUGGCGCUGCACUUCAGCAUCUUUGACGACCCUGAGGAAGCCAGCCUCUCCCAGGGCGCUGAGGAUUACCCGAUCUGGGAGAGCCCGUUCAAGCCGGCCAUGUACCCGGGGAACUACCCGAAGGAGGACUGGGAUAUGUCCAUCGACAGCCUGGGGGAUGUCUUUGAGCAGCAGUUCUACCCUGGCGGGCGGGUGUACCCGUGCACCGAGUGCGGGCGGGUGUUCAACCGGAAGUCGACCCUGACGCGCCACUGGCGGACCCACACAGGGGAGAAGCCCUACUCGUGCCUUGACUGCGGGCGCAGCUUCAGCCUCAACCUGAACCUCCUCACCCACCAGAUGACCCACACGGGGGAGAAGCCCUACAAGUGCCCCGACUGCGGGCAGAGUUUCACCCGCAGCACCAGUGUCACCCGGCACCAGCGGAGCCACCGGGAGGAGGACGGGCCCUACAAGGGCGACCUGUGGGAGGAGGCUUUCCCCUACAUGUUCCCGGGCCCUUUCCCCUACCCGAUGCCCCCCAUGGUGGAGGAGAGGCCCUACCUUUGCCCCGACUGUGGCGAGGCCUUCGCGCACAGCGGCAGCCUCAACCGCCACUUGCGCAUGCACCGGGGCGAGCGGCCGUACAGGUGCGUCAUGUGCGGCGAGGGCUUCUGCUCCAUGUCGAAGCUCUGCCGCCACGAGAGGAUCCACAUGGUGGAGAAGCCCUACCACUGCGAGAUCUGCGGGAAGAGCUUCGCCGUCAAGUCCACCCUGACCCGCCACCAGAUGCUGCACCAGGCCGAGAGGCCCUACAUGUGCCCCCACUGCGACAAGGGCUACGUCCAGCGGAGCCACCUGGCCAGGCACCACCACAAGGCGCACCCCGGGGUGCCCUUCAACCCCGUCAAAGCGAACAGUAUGCCCGCCACCAUCUUGGAUUCCGACAACCUCGUCACCUAUUUCUGGGGCGACGAGGAAACGGACGGUCCCGCCGAGCCUUUCCCGACUCAGUUGAUCUACUCGGGAGCAGACUCCUGAGAGCUAAGCCUCGUCUGAAGCUACGGGUGCAUCUUCCACCCGCCACCCUUGCCCAGGAGAGAAGCACUUUGGACAUGCCAGCCUCUUCUGCUCGGUCUUUUUUGGGGGGGGUGCUCAGUCUUUUUUCUGGGGAUCCUUUGGAUCUUAAGAGCUUGAGGAUUCAGCACCCCAGAGUUGAUUCCCAGUGCGGGGUUUUGUUACGGUGCCAAUAUUUCUUUAUCGGCUUGCUGCUUGCUUUUUUUUUUUUAACUUGGAGUCGGGAUGCCAGCGUGGCGCCUAUGGAGAGGCUUGGCCCUGUUGCCAGGGUUUUCUCCACCUGCUCUGACCCAUGCCCCCCCCCCGGUCGGUGGCGCAACAUCAAAAGUUCUCCUGCCUGUUGCGGGAGCUGGACACCAUCCAGCGAUGGACAGACUGGGUUCACACUGACCGCUUCUCGUGCUGCUUAACAGAUCAUAAGCAAAAGCGCCCCCCCCUUUUGGAGGGGGAAAAGGGGGAGCAGCCUGCCCUGUAGCAAAAUGUCUAGUGUUAGGGGAGGUGGGCAAGACCUUGGGAGUUCACCUGAGUUUGUUUUUCAUUUGUAGUAGGGGGGGUUAUUAUUUUUCCUGAAAAGAAAACUAUGCCUUGUUUUAUCUCCUUAAGUUUCUAGUGAGAAUGCUUGGAAAAAAUUAGUAAAAUAUGGAAAUGGAGAGAACAACAACAACAACAACAACAACAACAAAUACCCCAGAGCCAAAAUUCAGAUGGCAGUGGUUUCCUUGUCAUUUUUUUGCAAGGAGUCAGGGAUGCAGAACCAAGGCUUCCCUCAAUUCAUCCUCAAAUGUGGUCCCUAUCUUUUCCACCCCUCCCCCUGCACAGCUGUAGCAGAUUUUUAGGAGACCACAAUGAAGGUGGAAAACACUCUUGCCUUGAGAUCUGUGUCCUCCAUAGGCAGACUCCUAGGGAUCAUAGGAUCGGGGCCCUUAAUGCCUAUGUUGACUUUCAAAAGGUGGGAUUGGGUACCCUUUUUUGAGGAUGCAGACUGGGGGAGACAGAGAGAGAGAGAUGAUUUGUCAUCAAUUAAAUAUGGUGUAGAAAAGAAAGAGUAAUAUUUUCUGUUUUGAAAUCUAGAAUGUUUCCCUUUUUUCUGCACAGUACCAAAGCCAAAAUUGGUGGCUGAAUUCCAUCAGUAUUGUGGGGAGGUAUAGGUGCAAAAUUUCUAGCAAAAUCAUUAGCAUGGUUAUAUCUACAGUGGUGCCUCGCUAGACGAAAUUAAUUCGUUCCGCGGGUCUUUUCUUAUAGCGAAAAAUUUGUCUAGCGAAUCCCAUAGGAAUGCAUUGAAUUUUUUUGAAUUUUUUUUUGCCCAUAGGAACGCAUUAAUUGAAUUUCAAUGCAUUCCUAUGGGAAACCACGAUUCGCUAGACGAAUUUUUCGUGAAACGCAUUCGUCUAGCGAGGCAACCUCCGCUCGAAAAAUCCUUUCGUUAAGCGGAAAUUUCGUUAAGCAGGGCAUUCGUUAAGCGAGGCACCACUGUAUAUCACACUAGCAGCCUCACAACUGGCGUUUGGGGGAAUUCUGGGAAACAGAAAAGAAU